GGCCAAGAGUUAACAGCUGCACCUGUUGAGGUAUCCUUGCAGUCGCCGGCACCUGUACUUACAGCCAAUCAGCGCCAGGGCUGCUCGGAACCUACCUGUCAGCAAAAUCCCGACAUCCAAACCUCAACAUAAAUCAAACACUUCCCAGUGCAGGGAAUGUCCGCGGGAGGCCGGAAUUAGAGACAAGCAGUGAGCAGAGCCUCGGCGGCGAGGAGUCGCGGGAGCCCGGGAGCAGGAAGAUGUCGAAUGAACUUGAUUUCAGGUCUGUGCGGCUGCUGAAGAACGACCCAGUCAACUUCCAGAAGUUUCCCUACACCAGUGAGGACGAGGCCUGGAAGACGUACCUGGAAAACCCCCUGACGGCCGCCACCAAGGCCAUGAUGCGGGUCAACGGGGACGAUGACAGCGUCGCCGCCCUGAGCUUCCUCUACGAUUACUACAUGGGUCCCAAGGACAAACGGAUCCUGUCCUCCAGCACCGGUGGCCGCAAUGACCAGGGCAAGAGGUACUACCACGGCAUGGAGUAUGAGACGGACCUCGCGCCCCUCGAGAGCCCCACCCACCUCAUGAAGUUCCUGACAGAGAACGUGUCCGGGACCCCGGAGCACCAGGAUCUGCUCAAGAAAAACAACCUGAUGAGCCUGGAGGGGGCUGUGCCCAGCCCAGGCAAGGCCGCGCCCCUGCCCCCGGGCCCCAGCAAGCUGGAGGCGGGCUCUGUGGACAGCUACCUGCUACCCACCAGCGACAUGUAUGAUAACGGCUCCCUCAGCUCCUUGUUUGAGAGCAUUCACGGGGUGCCACCCACGCAGCGCUGGCAGCCGGAUAGCACCUUCAAGGAUGACCCGCAGGAGUCACUGCUCUUCCCAGAUAUCCUGAAAACAUCCCCGGAACCGUCAUGUCCCGAGGACUAUCCUGGCCUCAAGAGUGACUUCGAGUACACCCUGGGCUCCCCCAAAGCCAUCCACAUCAAGUCAGGCGAGUCACCCAUGGCCUACCUCAACAAGGGCCAGUUCUACCCGGUCACCCUGCGCACCCCGGCUGGCGGCAAAGGCCUGGCCUUGUCUUCCAACAAAGUCAAGAGCGUGGUGAUGGUCGUCUUUGACAACGAGAAGGUGCCAGUGGAGCAGCUGCGGUUCUGGAAGCACUGGCAUUCCCGGCAGCCCACUGCCAAGCAGCGGGUCAUCGACGUGGCUGACUGCAAAGAAAACUGCAACACGGUGCAGCACAUCGAGGAGGUGGCCUAUAACGCGCUGUCAUUUGUGUGGAACGUGUACGAGGAGGCCAAGGUGUUUAUCGGCGUCAACUGCCUGAGCACAGACUUCUCCUCGCAGAAGGGGGUCAAGGGCGUCCCCUUGAACCUGCAGAUCGACACCUACGACUGCGGCCCGGGCUCCGAACGCCUGGUGCACCGCGCCGUCUGCCAGAUCAAGAUCUUCUGUGACAAGGGAGCUGAAAGGAAGAUGCGAGAUGACGAGCGAAAGCAGUUCCGGAGGAAGGUCAAAUGCCCCGACUCCAGCAACAGCGCAGGUAUCAAGGGCUGCCUGCUGUCCGGCUUCAGGGGCAACGAGACCACCUACCUGCGGCCUGAGGCUGACCUGGAGACCCCACCGGUGCUGUUCAUCCCCAACGUGCACUUCUCCAGCUUGCAACGCCCCGGAGGGGCGGUCCCCUCGGCAGGACACAGUGGCUCUAACAGGUUGCCUCUGAAACGCCCCUGCUCGCCUUUUCCCGAGGACUUUGAGCCCCUGCCCUCCAAGCAGGCCAAGGAAGAUGACCUCCAGAGAGUUCUGCUCUACGUCCGGAGAGAGACCGAGGAGGUGUUUGACGCCCUCAUGUUGAAGACCCCAGACCUGAAGGGGCUGAGGAACGCGAUCUCUGAGAAGUAUGGGUUCCCCGAAGAGAACAUUUACAAAGUCUACAAGAAAUGCAAGCGGGGAAUCUUGGUCAACAUGGACAACAACAUCAUCCAGCAUUACAGCAACCACGUCGCCUUCCUCCUGGACAUGGGGGAGCUGGACGGCAAGAUCCAGAUCAUCCUCAAGGAGCUGUGAGGCCCGAGCUGCUGACCCCUUGGGCCCCGGGGUGCAGGCUCCCGGCCAGGAGCCUGCUGGGAAACCGCCCCUCGCCACACACAACCUCUGCACGUGCCUCAGUGCUGUUACUUGAAUGCCCUCCCCGAGGGAAGAGGCCCUCGAGUCUCCAAUCACAGAUGUCAAGGCCAGGAAGGGACCUUGGCAGUGUUCCGGUCCGACCCCCCAGUGCGUGCUUGAAUCCGCUCCCUGAACAUCCUGCCUGCACCUGCCCACCUGAGGUGGGGCCAUCUCGGUCAGCGCCCGCCCUGCAGACUCCUCCUCCCAAAAUGCUUUGCUGCAGCAGUCCAUGGGUGCCCACCCUCACCGCUACAGCGUAACGCCAGCUGGCUCCAUUCGGGCACAGCCCCUACUCCGGAUCUUCCUGUCAACUUCAGACCAAGGAUGUCCCACCCUUGGGCCGGUUAACUUGAAAACUCUUGAUUUUCAGUGCACAUGACUUUAAAAGACACUCUGGAAACAGUCUCUUUCUUACUGACUUUCUCAAUGCAAGAUGUACAUAAUAGAGCUGAUUGGAACCAAGGGACCACUGUGUAGAUUUACUGCCCUCCCCACUCACUGUUGUACACAUUUCUUAUUUACAAUUUUCAUUUAUGUUAUAUAUAUAUAAAUAUAUAUUGUAUAUAUACGUAACAUUUUAUAUUUUUCAUGGAUACAUUUUUAUCAUUUCAAAAAAUGUGUAUUACACAUUUCUUGGACUAUUUUUUUUAGCUGUUACUCAUUAUGUAUUUUGUAUACUCACAUGGUAUUUAGUAAUAAAAUCUACCUAUGUAUUACUACGAACGCUGCAC